UCACGAAUAACAAGUACGCGCGGCAAGUUCACCAGUGUGCGGCGGGCUUUAAGGGUUAAAUGUAAGCCGUUGCACUAUCGAGUGUAUUAUUAGAUCUGUGGUUUCGCACAAGUUAUGGCAAAAAAACUCGCUGGGAAACUUCUAUUUCUAUUGAAGCUGGUAAACAUAUAUUUUGUCGUUGAUGCGCUUCAAUUUACAACGCAACCUGAUGAUACAUCAGCAAGGGAUGGUGCAGAUAGUGUUGUUUUAAAUUGUAAAGUUGACGACUCUUCCGUGGAAAUAUCUUGGAUGAAAAACAAUCGAUCGAUUACGGUUGACUACAUCAAAUAUACAAAAAUUAGGCGCGGUCUUAGGAUAAAGCCAGUAGAAAAAUCUGAUGCGGGUGUUUAUCAUUGUCUGGCUGGCUCGGCGCUAAGAAGUCGAGAUGCAAGAUUAACAAUUGAAUAUACAUGCAAGAAUAACUUCACAAUAAAAUCAUCUGGACCGAUAUUUCGCAACGGUAAUGCUACAUUAACUUGCAAUUGUCCCUCCAUUCCAACACCGACGUACAAAUGGCAAAAAGAUUCCAAAGAUAUAAACAUUACUUAUCAAAGUAUAGUAAUCGCCAGUGCUGACGUUGGAAAGUAUGUCUGCAUUGUUAAAAGUGGGAAAAUUACAGUAAAAAGUCAGCCCCAUGAUCCUCCAAUGUUUGUUUGCUUGCCUUCAAGAAUCAGUUUUCCACCCAAAGACAAGAUUCCAUUUGUUCCCAACAAACCGCUUACGUUAGAAUGUGUAGCAAAAGGUGACCCAAAACCUGUAGUAACGUGGAAAAGAAAGAAGAAUAAUUCUCCAUUAAAAGAUAAUCAAAGAAUUCAAGUUAAUGACAAUGGAACAGUUCGUUUUUUUCCAACCAAAAGAAGUGAUGCUGGGGAAUAUACUUGCAGUGCAUCAAAUAACUGUGACAGAUCUAUGACUUAUACAACUACGCUGACUUUAGCUGAAACCGGAAGUUUUGCUCCAAUACAAGAUACUCUAAGUAGAGUAAACAUGACUAUAACCAUACGAUGUAACCCUCCAAACGGUGCAUUUCCUGUGAUUAAGAAGAUCACGUGGCAAAUGAAGGAUGGGAGUCCUUUGCCAAACGAUUCCCGUUUUACAGUAAAAGACAACACUUUAAGAAUUACUCAACCAAAGAUUAGUGACUCAAAUGUUUACCUGUGUGUUGGGGAAAAUAUUGCUGGGAAAGUAACGGUUGAGGCCAAAGUUACCGUAGCUGUUUACCCUACGGCGAUACUGAAUCCUAUCGGUCAAACGGUCAUUGAAGGUUCGACGCUGCAGUUGAAAUGCAAAUUUGGUGGUAAUCCCAAACCAGAGAUAUCGUGGGAGAAAGACAAGAAAACGUUGAAGGAAAAUUUAAGAAGGAAUGUCAUAAAUAUGAAGGAUAGUUCGUUACUAAACUUGAUUAACGUGACAAAAAAAGAAACAGGUAGUUAUCGUUGUGUGGCAAGGUUGAAGCAUAUAACUGAACGAACUUAUGAAGCAAAAGUUGUUGUUAAAGAAAAUAUUGUUUUGCAAAAGAUUGCCUCUGACAAAUUUGACGUCGGUACAACUGCUGAACUGAAUUGCAGAUUGGUUGCUGGAUAUGAACCUAUCAAUAUCCGCUGGUCAAAAGAACUAGAUGAACGUUCCUUGACACACAUGAAAGUGGAGGGGUUUAAAUUAGUAAUUGAGAACAUUAGAAUAAAGGACAGUGGAAAGUAUACAUGUUAUGUUAAUAAUUCUUUCAGUGAAAGUUCGUUAACAUUUCACGUGAACGUUUACGAGUACACAAAGAUUGUGCUGAAACCGAGCAAUGUUACUGUCGCAAAAGGAGAAAAUGCGUGGUUACAUUGUAACGCGACUGGAAUACCGAAGCCCAUUAUCAUGUGGCGAAAAGACAACAUGCUAGAUGAAAUUAAAAGUGUAAAGGGUACUCGUGUAUAUCCCAAUGGUACCUUAAUGCUGAGCAAUAUUACGCAGAAAGACAAAGGAUGGUACACAUGUAUGGCAGGAAAUCCUGGUUUAAUUAUUUCGGAAAGGGCGUAUGUUGACAUUGUGAAUGAAAGUAAUAAAAAUGAGGGACAUUCAGACAAUAUGGGUCAGACUGUAGGAAUUGCUGUAGGAUGUGCUGCUGCAUAUAUUAUUCUCGUUGUUGGUCUUAUGAUAUAUUGUAAAGGACGCAGAGCUAGACUGGCGAAGAAAAAGUUGCUUAUAAACGGCGAAGAUGUUCCUUUAAAACCAACGGACAAUGCUGAGAAUGGAGAGUCAGCUAAAGCAGCAGAGCUCAACAAUGCAAAAGAGUAUCCGCGAGAAAAUCUUGAAACUCUUCGAACGUUGGGCAAAGGAACAUAUGGAACCGCAUUCCUUGCAAAGGCCAAAGAAAUCUCUGAAGGCGAGAGCUCGACUGUCGUCGUAGUGAUGUCAUUGAUGUGUGAAAAUAAAUCAGUGAAGGAAGAUUUCAUGAUAAAAAUGGGAAUGUUUUCGUUAAAGCAUGAAAACAUUGCAAAAUUGUUGGGAGUUUGUCGAGAGGAUGAUCCCAUAUAUCUCAUCACAGAAUAUCCAGAAAAGGGUGACCUAAAGACUGUUAUGUGUGACCCUUCCACAUCACUAACCUCAACUCAGAAACUUAAAAUCUGCGUAGAAGUUGCCUCUGGUAUGAACUACCUUAUCAAUCAUGGGCAUAUUCACAAAGAUCUCGCCACGCGCAAUUGUCUCGUAAACAUAGCAUUUGAUGUGAAAAUAUCUUUCCUAAGUUUAAACCAAGGUACCUUUCCCAAUGAAUACAGCAAUCAUAAAGGUGAACUUGUCCCUUUACGAUGGAUGUCUCCUGAAGCAUUAAAUGGUGACUACAGUGAUAUGACCGAUGUCUGGGCUUAUGGCGUUUUAAUGUGGGAGGUCUACACUCAAGGUCUUUUACCUUACGAAGAAAGACCAGAUGAGGAAGUUAUUUUGUCGAUUGAAGAUGAUCUUAGAUUAACCAAACCUGAAGGAUGUCCGAGUAAAGUAUACAGGAUCAUGGAGAAAUGUUGGGCGAAUGAUAAGGAAGAUAGACCAACCUUUGGACAGUUAAAGGAAGACAUAGAAGAAAUACAUCGAGAAAGUAACUUUUAGUUUGAAAACAAAAAUGCAUUCCACUGAGCAGUCGGGGAUAGAGCAAAACAAUUUUUCUUGUAAUAGAAUAAUGAUCUAGAGAAAAGGUAGCUGUCGUCAUGGUAUAAACUAUGAGAACUUUAUGGUAUUCAGUAGAGAAAUGUGCUUGGAAGCCUGAUGUCUUGAACUGCACAGCAGAUUUUUUUGUAACAGAAUCGUUAUAUGAAAGCAGACAGAAUUUAUGGAAAAUAGACAAAAAUUAAAUUGACACUUUAGUGAGGUUGCGCAAACCUUCGUCCUUUGUUGCACUCUUUGAUUCUUACACCUUCAUAUUCCCAUAUGUCCUUGAUUCUUAUACCUUCAUAUUCCCAUAUGUCCUUGAUUCUUAUACCUUCGUAUUCCCAUAUGUCCUUGAUUCUUAUACCUUCAUAUUCCCAUAUGUCCUUGAUUCUUAUACCUUCGUAUUCCCAUAUGUCCUUGAUUCUUAUACCCUCGUAUUCCCAUUUGUGCUUGCUUCGUAUACCUUCAUAUUCCCAUAUUUCCUUGAUUGAUAUACCUCAUAUUCAAAUAUGUCCUUGAUUCAUUAUACCCUUAUAUUCCUAUAUGUCCUUUUCUGUUUUUAACAUAAUCAUAAAGUUGUGUCAUUUCUUUACUUGUUUUUAUUUGUCAAUAUUAAAAUAGCUCAUGAAAGUAUAAUAUGUAUUUUGUAAAAUUUAAAUUGAAGAAUCUCAAACGAGAA